GAAAGAGUUCAGUUAACAUUUAGCGAAAGCAGCAAGCAGAUCUACCAAAAUGUCUUACUACGACGACGAGCGCCGCCAUCAUCAUCAUCAUCACCACCACGAUGGACGUCCAAUUGUGGAGGUCGAUAUAGUGCCACCCAGGCUACCACGCCCCAUUGUGGAAGUCGAUGUGGGCUGCGGGCGUUAUCCUUCAUACAGACCCGAAGUGGUUGAGGUUAUUACACCAGCUGCAGUUUAUCAGCCACCGCGUCCUAUUGUGGAGGUCGAUGUAGUGCGUCCGGGUCGACCUUUUAUUGAUAUCAACAUUGGCGGACGUCGCCCACCACGUGAGGAGGUCAUCAUAGUGCAGCAGCAGCAGCCUCCACCCAGAUGGUAGUCGCAUUUUAAUUGAUUAAAUCAGCAUUCAAAUGUUUGUUAU